AUGCAGAGCAACCAUCGUGCUGAUUGGGCUCAACUUGUUCAUCGCCCCUCCCGAUGGAUGUGUCCUUUGCGACACGGGCCAUCUUUAUACUUCAGCAGCGAAAAGCUCUUAUUCGAUCAUCUCAGAGAAGAUCACCCGAAGAGUUUCUCGGAGUCUCAUUUGAUGCACAUCGCUUCCAGAAGCAAGAAGCCCAAGCCGCUAGAAGCCAACAUCUGUCCGAUUUGUGGCGAAAAGGUCGCUUCCACACCAAGCAUUGGAAUAGUUGCAAGAGAAAAUGCUAAAGGGAAGUCGGUGGCUGAGAGAGGAUCAGGUGUCGGAGCUUCUUUCUCGGGCGAGGCAGGCUCGAUGCCAGACUCUAGCCAAAGCCCCGUGGUCCGGCUGUGGGACCACAUCGCCGACCAUCUGAAUCAAGUAGCCUCAUGGUCGCUUCGCUGGUGGGAUGAUGAUUCCAGAGUCUCUCUUGAUGCCGGAGAAGGGGGUCAGAGCAGCUCUAUGAACCCUUGUUGGGCCAUCUCCGACAAAGCCUCUUCCGUAGAAGGCUCCGGAUAUCUCGACGACCGCAUCGCUGCUUCGGUCGAUAGAAGCGAAUUCCCCGAACCGAACCAACACUUCCUUCCUGUAAACAUGCUCGACAAUCUACGCAUCAUUGAUGGCAUGUUGGAGAAGAUACCGGACUUGUUUGAAUCGGGGACGGACCUCGCCUCUUAUAUUAUCCAAACCGCGAGAAAGGUCUUCCUCAUCGCAUCCUGCCACUGCUACACCGACGCAUAUGAGCUCAAGGUUUCCAUGCUUCGGUUCCAAGAGCAUGGGUUUGACGAUAGCCAUCUUCCUAUACCAUUCCCCAAAAUUGGCGAUGAGGCCACAGUGCCAGCAUUUAGCCCUUUCCAGUCGAGGGCCGAAACGCUGACCUUUUACAAUUCUCAGUGGUAUCUUCUGGCUCCAGUCUUUGAAGACGGCCGUUUCAAAUACCAUUUCGAAAAUGACCAUGUCAUGCCUUUUACCUUGGUCCGUGAGGUCCCACGGCAAAGGGCCUCCGGCCGCCGUGUCUACCGAGUACACAUCCACCCGGCACACCGACCAAGCUCUUGGAUAACUGCCGAAAACUCGGACGUCAGCCUGGCCCUAGAAGAGUUUCACUCCGAACUUCUUACCAGCGGAUCUUGGGAGGAACAGUCCGAUGCAGCAUUGAAAAUUCGCGGAGAUAACCAUCCACACGUUGUCCAGACAUUCGCUUGCAUAUCUAUCGGCCAACGGAAACUCAUUCUGCGUGAGUGGGCGGAUGGCGGUAGCCUCGAUGAGUACUGGCAGCGUAGCAGCCCCGAGCAAAGUCCCCAGUUCGUAAGAAAGAUUAUCGAACAGCUACACGGACUGGUUACAGCCAUGAAGUCACUCCCUUCGGAGAUAUGGCAGCAUAGCCGUGAUUUGAAUCUGAGCCCCCAAACAAUACUGAGGUUUGAAGAUGGGUCCGGCUUAGGGAAGCUCAAGCUGGCAAGCUUUGGACAGUUGAGCGUCGGACGGCAAGAUUCCGUCACAAUGGUCCAAUACGAGAUGUGCCGGGAACCGUGUGAACUUCUGUGGGGAGAUGCGAUAUCGAGCAGUACAUGGUCUAUCAUGUGCGCUUUGGAAUUCAUGGUUUGGUUUCUUUAUGGCUGGGAAGAGUUGCGGGGUUUUCGUACAUUUCUCAAUGGGGAUGCCGAUCUGAAAGACGGGUAUAUUCCGGCUUUUCACCACAUUAACCCCUUCGAUGAGCGUCCGAAUGUUGAAAUUCAUAGCUUGGUGACGGCAUGGAUGAAUCAUAUGGCGAGGGAUUCGGAAUGCGUUGGGAAUACGGCUCUUGGAAAUUUACUUUGGUUUUUAAGAGACAAGGUGAACGACCUGUCUUACACGAUAACUUCGCCAAACAUAAGCUCGCUAGCACAGGGCGGGCCUUCGGUCCCGCAAAGGAAGACGAGGUUGGGAAAGCUCUUGUCCCGCGCCAAGACUGUCUUUAAGAGGGGCGAUGGCUCCUCCAAGCGCAUGUCGACUCAGUCUACUGCUAGCCAUCGGACUCCCGCACAGACUGUUCCUCCCAGCCAAUCAACUGAUCCUGCUACUACGCAGCCCUCUGCCGCUGCUGCCGCCGUUGCCACCAAGGAAACCCCCAAGGAACCCUCCAAGAAUGAGGCUACUCAGAGCGAUUACGAGGACUCACUCUUCGCUCUAGAGUCAACACUUUCCCUGCAGUCUAUUCAGUAUCACCUGGAAGGAAUUCUGGGUUCUGGAGAGCGUAACAGCAACUAUUAUUUUACGGAGCAGGACCGCAGAGAAGUCCUCGGUUGUAGGACAUCUUUGCAGCGGAAUUACGACCGGAGACGUCCUGACAAGCAGCUUUCUGGCCACGCUCAAUAUCUCGCACCCUCAUGGAGGGAAGUGGACGUGGCAUCUGUGGACGCGUUCAUGGAAAUGUUCGAAGACGGCUGGGCAGACUUAACUGGCCCUUCGAAGGAUAUCGACGACCACGGAACUCAAUCCACUAGACUUCUGCUCCGAAUGGCUCCAGCCGCCGAGUUUUACAUUGCCAAAAUCAUGGAUGGCGAGACUAUACUUCAGGAAGAUCUAUGGCGCGUUGCCGAGGUAAUCGAUCUUUGA